AUGAUGAAACUGUUGGAUCUUCGCCGUUUUGGAGUUCUCUCAAAUACCAGAAGAAUCACCAGGGUCAGCUACGAGCAUGGCCCCAGCCCUGUUCCACUAGUUCAUGGGCUAGUGGGCCAGAUAUUCGCCGAUGCUGCAGAACAUUGCCCAGACAAAGAGGCCCUCGUCUUCAGUCAACAAAAUGUCAGGAAAACGUAUGCAGAGUUCUAUGAGGACUCAAGACAUUUUGCCAAGGCAUUGUUGGGAUUGGGAUUACGACCCGGGGAUCGCGUCGGCAUCUGGGGACCCAAUUAUUAUGAAUGGGCCGUCACCAGUUGCGCAACAGCGAUGGCAGGAAUUAUUUCCGUAGGUGUAAAGACAAACAGUAUAUUGCUCUAGGUGACCGUAAACCCCGCUUACAAAACGGACGAGUUACAUCAUGCCCUCACAAGAGUCGGGGUCAAGGCCUUGGUUACACCGCACAAUUUUAGACGUUCCAAUUAUUACGAGUAAGAGAGGAAACAUAAUUAAAAUAUUCGCCAGAAUUUGAAUCGGCGGUGGCGGUAGAAUUUUACUAUACCAUUUUUUGAGUUAAAAUAAUACAGUGAUCACCCACUCACUAGUGAGCCAUAUUGAACCACUCGGUAAAAUAUUUUCGAAAAAUGUCAUAAUCGGAUUUAUGACAAAUUUACGGAUUUUGGUACCGAAAAUUCGCAAAAAAUCGAUUUUUCCGAACCGAGAGUACCCCCCAUUUCAUGGAAUAUUUUUGUACAUGCUGCUACUAUGAAAGCUAGAAAGUAUAGCCAUGUCGGUACCUCAUGUCUAUAUUACAGUUACUUCUUUUUUUUCACCCUCAAAGGUUAGACAGAUUGACAAAUUCUAAUAAAACGAAAGCAGGUCGCCUUAUACGUGCUGGUGGAGCUGGAAAUCGUAUUACUGUGGUGCAGCCGUUUAUCCUAGCCAUGGUUGUAUAAAAAUUUUCCAUGAAAUGGGGCACGCCUCGGAAAUCGAUUUUUUUUCGAGUUCCCGGCGAACAAAUAAAAAUCUAUGUUACCGUAACCCUAAAUCUUAUCCAAUUACAAAAGGUGCUUUUACAUUAUUUAUACAUAAUACUAAACACGGUACUUUUUACCGAGUUAUUAAGGUCCAAGCGGCCGCCAUGUUACAACUAGGGAAAGGAGGGUGUAGAAAUAUGCAAACUUUGUCGGAAAGACCAUGAAAUCGCGUUAAAUCAGAGACAACAUGACGAUUUUUCUUGUUUGAUGUGCAUACUUCCAAAAACAUCGUGUUACAGUAAUCCUGACCAAAUUGUAUCAACAAGAAAAAUGACGACCAUCGUUCAAAACAAAUUUUGAGAAGGUUUCGGCUCCCUCAUUGCAGAAGUAUGGGCUUUGUACACCGUUUUCGUCAAGUCAGUAAAUUUGUCAUAAAUCCGUCAUCAUGACAAAUUUUAAAGACAUUGUAUUAUUUUAAUUCAAAAAAUGGUAUAGUAGAAUUCUACCGCACACCACUGUUGCCGGCUGAUUGAACUUCUCGUCUCUUUAAAAUUGUAUUACAGAACCAUCGCGGAAUUGGUGCCGGAAAUGAAGAACAAGAAUGUCGGCGAAGGUAGUAUCGAAAGUAAAGAACUUCCCGAUCUCAAACACCUUAUCAUCUUUGACCACGAAAGGAAAUCAUACGAGUAAGUAAUCGCUUAGUAAAAUACACGUCUUCCUUAGAGGGGCCUGGAAUUACAGAGACCUAAUGAGAGGGACCGGGUCAAAGGAAAGGAAGAUUCUGGAAAAUAUUCAACCACAUCUCAAAACCGACGACCCCAUCAACAUUCAAUACACAAGUGUAAGAUACACUAGCAGAACACUAUUCUUCCUUGUAGGGUACCACUGGACGUCCAAAACCAGCUACCCUUUCCCAUCACAAUCUCGUGAAUAAUGUCAAGUUCCUUGGAAUUUGGAUGGGAUACGACAAGGGAUGUAUUAGUCUCUGCUUGCCUUGUCCUUUAUAUCACUGCUUCGGCGUUGUGAUGGGUCUGAUCGCCUCGGCCUUCUACAAACAGACCUGUGUUUUCCCGUCUCCCUGGUUUGAUCCAGGCGCCGUGAUCGCUUCAGUUAAGGCAGAAAAAUGUAACGUGAUCUACGGCACUCCCACCAUGUUCGUUGAUAUUCUAUCACACCCAGAUUACACACCGGCGGACAUGCAAUCACUCAAAAAAGGUAAAGACCAAAUUCCUUUAUCCUAAUGUAAAAUAUUUUCUAGGAAUUAUGGCUGGAUCGCCCUGUCCGGAGGCCCUUUGUAACCGUCUCGUCGAAGAAAUCGGUAUGGAUGAGAUCGCGAUCGCAUAUGGAGGAACCGAACUGAGUCCACUGGCUACCUUUUCCAAGCUCACAGAACCCCCCCUGGAGAGAAUCAAAAGUGUUGGAUAUGCAUUCUCACAUUGUGAAGUGUGCAUUGUUGAUGACAAGGGACAGAUUGUCGAGAGAGAUGAAAAGGGAGAAGUUCUAGCCCGAGGAUACAAUGUUAUGAAAGGAUAUUGGGGAGAUGACGAAGCUACGAAACAAGCUGUCGACAAGGAUGGAUGGUACCAUACUGGGUAAGGAGACAUGAGAGCUAAAACAGAAAACAUUACAGGGAUAUUGGUCUAAUGAGAGAGAAUGGAAGCAUUGUGAUCUGUGGCCGGAUUAAAGAGAUGAUCAUUCGAGGGGGAGAGAACAUUUACCCCGCGGAGAUUGAGGCGUACAUAUUCAAACACCCCAGCAUCAGCAUUGUCCAGGUAAGCAACCGCAAGACAUGCGUUCUAACGAGUGAAAAUUCCUGAUCAAAUGUUAUUAAGGUCGUGGGAAUACCGGAUGCCAGAUAUGGAGAAGAGAUAUGCGCCGUGAUUGUCCUCAAAAAAGGUCAUCACCUGACGGAAAAAGAAGUUCGUGAAUUCUGCACUGGAAAAAUUUCCCAUUACAAGAUUCCGAAAUUCAUCUUGUUCAAAGAAGAGAGUUUCUUGCCACUUACGGCAACUGGAAAAGUCAUGAAAAACGUUCUCAGCAAGUCGUGUCAAGAAGAAUUGGAAAAGAACAAAACUGAUUAA